UGCACUACCAAUCCAAACAACUUCUCCGGACCAACUCCACAUCACAAUGCGUCCGGGAGCCGUUCGCCGAGGUGCCGAGAUUUGACCGACUAGCCAGAAACAUCAGUGGAAACGCGACGAGCCAUUUAGCAGCAACACAUUACUUCGUCUUUCAGUGUGUACAAUUUCUCUCCCCCCCACACCCCCGUCACUAUAUACACUUUCCCCUUACAACUGCCGUUUCUUUUUGGAAGUUAAGAUGAGGAAUCUGUGGCUGUUGUUCUUCGUCGGUCUGGCGACUGGGUUCAUCAGUGAAAAACUUUUGGUCUCCUCUCAGUCACCAUUUUUCACGGCAGAUGACCUGUACCUAGAGGGCCGAACAUCAGGUGACCUCCCUAUAGAUGAUGAAGAUGGCGGAGACGACAGAUCAGGCUCAGGAUCUGGAGACUAUGCUUUCAGCGAAAUCUCAGAUACAGAGAUCUUACUCAAGAGGUUCCUCAACAUCUCUAAGACCGCAGUCUCCAAAGAAAUGGUUCCAGUUCAGCCCGAGCCAACAGCAGUCUCUCCUCACACCCCACUAACCACAGCAGCAAGCAGCCAGGAUCAAAAAACUACAGUGAAGACAACACCAUACGUAUUCCCUGAUGGAGACAACGAGGAUGAGAAGGUGCUAGGUACUGACCCAAUAGCUGACUGGUUCACGGAGAGUACCAGCCCCAGCUCCACCAAUGUGCCUCCCAGUGAAACUACUGCAACCGGAUUCAGUACAGACAUCAGUGUAACCAAAGAUACCAAUGAGGACAGCAGUCUGGAUAGUGGGGAUAUCUUGACAUCCAAAGAUGGUGGAGAAAAUGUUUUGAUCGAAGAGGAAGCCACAGGUCGAGGCAGAAUAUAUGUGUUGGACUCUCCUGAAGAGGUGACCUCUGAGAAUGUAUGGGAGAGGACAGAAGUUCUUGCAGCGGUGAUAGCAUGUGGAGUGGUAGGAUUCCUCUUUGCUGUUUUCCUCCUCCUCCUCCUCGCCUACCGCAUGAAGAAGAAAGACGAAGGGAGCUAUGACCUUGGAGACACCAAACUUUCCACAACAGCCUAUCACAAAGCGCCUACCAAGGAGUUUUAUGCCUGAACUGACCAAUAGGGACUUUAAAUGGAAUCUGUCACCUGCCAAUCAGGGCUCGAAAUGGAUCUAUAAACAGCUGAAGAUGAUUCCUCUUGUUGAAGUUUGAAGUCAAGCACCUCUGCUCUUCUUCAGUGCUCUUUAGAUUGUUUUCUUUCAUCUCUCCUAUGUUCCUCCUCUGCCAUCCUUUCAUCUUUGUCUCCACAUAAUGUUCAGUUUUUGUGAAGAAGAGGUCAUAAGAGAACAAAUAAGACUAUUAAAAUGCAUUCCUAUCAUUCCAUCCUAGGGAGGGACAUUUAAUACCCAUCUUAAAUUUUAAGAAAUGAAUGUUCUCUUGAGUAUCACAGCAGAAAACAACCAUUCUAGUCUAACAAAGUAAUCAACUUUAAAGUAUUGAUAACAUUGUGCUUUUGAACCCACAUUACUUUUCAACACUGACAAAUCGAAUGUCCCAUUUAGCAGAACUGAACAGUCCCAGCUCAGCAGGACAGCAUAAAGAAGUAAACAUAUGAAUAGACUUAACACAUUUUGAAUGCUGUUAAAUGAAAUGGUGCCACAUAUAGGAUUAAUAUUACCAAGAAUCUUCAAAAGUUGAUACCCUUUAUUUGCUAUUUGAUUGAUAACAUCUUGCAUUGAUACAUUUCAUUUUCUGUAUGCUUUGCUGAAUUGAAGGUUGUUUUUUUUCAUAUGCUGUCCAGUAUUGGUAGGAGAGAUUUUGUUAUACUGCAGGUAUAUACCUUUGUUGAUUUCUCACAGAUCUUUGACAGUUGUGGACCUGACCAAAUAUAAAUGUGCUUUAUUUGUCUUUUGGAAAAUUAUCUUUAGUAGCUUUUUUUUCGAUGUGUUUGCAUAUUUAGAGAUUAUAUUUCUGUAAGCCAUUUUUUAAGAAGAGAUUUUGGUCUUUUCAUUGCAUUCAUACAGUGGUAGCCUUAAGCACGUAAAAGCCCCUCAACCUUGCAUCUGUCCAACAUUAGUAAUAUUUUCAGGACUGUUUUAUUUGGUGUCUGGGUGCAGUGUGCAUGUGGGACAGGAUUGCUAAGGUAGAGCCAAGGCUAAUGACUAUAAUUCACAAACCGUAUAAGUGACCAGUGUGUGACAAAAGCCAAAGCAAAUUCCUGUCUUACUGUCAACUGUAUACAGCUGUAAUAGCGGGUUUGAAGUUAAAGGGACAGUGCCAGCAUUUACUGUUUCUUGCAGUUUAUGGAAUCAGGGCUUAUUCAUGCAGCAGGGUUGGAGAGUCAAAAUGCAAGCAGUUACAGAUUUCUAUUUCCUCUGAACUGUAAUAACCCACUGGGAGUUUCCAGCCCUGUAAUGGUUACAGUGCUAGUCCGAGUGGUGAGCAUGUCAGGUUUUAAACAUUUUUCCUAAUUCUCAGUUUAUACCUCAACCAGCCAACCAAAGGACUGUGGGAUCUUCUAGAGAGUUUUAGAUCUUCGAUAAGGAUAAAGUUAACAGCAAUGACAACAGGGUGUUAUUCCCUUUUGAUAGCAUGUGAGUUUUUUUACUUGUGGACACCCUGUUAAAAAAAUAUAUAUAUAUUUUUUUUUUAUUGAAAAUAUUGGGGACUUGCCCUAUGUAUAGACUGAGGAAUUUUAUCCAGCUACCCACUGCUUAUUAUGUGUCAAAGAACAAUUCUAUUAACAUCAGCCUCUUAUUGAAAUGGGGGAACAGUUGUCUUGAAGCACUAUUGGUGGCCUUAUUUUAAUGAAAAAGUUAAAUAAUUUUUUUU